AGUCUCUUGAAGUUUCCCUGAAACAUUCAACAUCAUCAUAAUAGGCAUCAUAGCGAAUGCGCAAUUUUGCGGUGCCGUCGACUAACUGAAGUUGCGACGCUUCAGUUCAUUGUUGCUCUUAAGCAGGGUAUGCAACAAUGGCUGGAAGAGGCAUGAUGCCAGAGCAAAUGCGCGGCGGCAUUAACUUCGACGAACUAGCAGCGAUGCAAACCCAGUAUGGAGGCUCGGUGCAGGAGCACAUCCUGGAGCUGCAGGCACGCGUUGGCGCCCUCCGGCGAGACAACGCCCUGCUCCUGACCCAGCUGGCGCGCGCGGCUAAGUGCUUGAGUGCCGUAUCCUCCGAAAACCAGCUCUUGAAAACGGAAGUUGCGUCGCUACAACCAGCAGGCGGGGGAAACCAGGACCCCAUGCGACGGUAGCGCUAUGCGUUGUGUGCACACAGCGGCUGGUGGCAGCGUGGCGAGGGCGACACUGUGUACUGUCAAUUGGACAAGGAACCUGCAUCAAAUUGGACGAAUUGAAUGUGUGUGUACAUGUCACAGCACUUCAGCAUUGUGUGUGGAGCAUUGGACAUCGAUUGGCAGAAGGUCAGUUGGCACGUUGGACGCGCCAGAUUGGAUGUUCAUCCCACGGUCAUAAGGUUGGGAAGCAUGGUGCGGAGGUACUGUGGCUUCGCCAGGAUUCGUUACGGCGGGCGCUCUGGCGGAGCACAUUCUGCCCUGACUGAGAUGUGUGUGUAAGCUUUGGUGGCAUGCUGAUUUGCGCGCUGUAAGAAGACGCCAAUCAAGCUGGCUGCAGUAAAAGACGGAUGGCAGGCAAGGCCGGCGGUGGCGGCGGCGGCGGCGGCGGCCGGCGGUGGCGGCGGCGGGGUUGCGUGUCAGGUAGUGGUGCGCGCAUGAUGGCAGGGUGUUGUCACCAGCGGCGGUCGCUCGGGUGGCGCAGUGGGUGCGUGGGCAGGCCCUCAGUGCGGGCAUCUGGGCACACAGGCGAGGACGCCGCCGCUGCUGCUGGUCAGGGGCAGGACUGAGGGACUUUCACGGCUGUCAUGCCACAGCAGCGGCAGCGCCCGCAAUCAGCAGGCGGCGGCGCGAAUGCCUCCGAGCGCACACAAGCCAUGGGCGGCUGCCCAGCGCUGCUGAUACAGUCCCUGGACAAGCGUGUGUGGUUGAAUGUGUGGGUAAAUGGAUGAGCGUGGGAUUGCCAUGUUGAUGCCGUGUGUGUGUGUGUGUGUGUGUGUGUGUUGUUUCAUGCGGUGCAUUUACCGCCUUCCAGUGGGUAGGUUGCGACACGGUAUCCGCUCUGGCUUCGACUCUGGCGGUGGGAGCCAGGCACUAGGCGUGGGACUUGAGGCUACGGAGGUCGUGUGUGAGGGAGAGAG